AUGUCAAGUCACCAAUUGUCCCAAAAGGUUAAGCUCUUAGGAAAUGGGCUCAACAAUGAUACUAUAGUGAUGCAGAGUAGUGUUUUGGCACUUACAGAUCUGGCAGUGCUGCCUAUUAGUGCAGUUUUAAAUGCCAUCAAGAUGAUCAAGAAUGAAGGACUGGAGCAGAUUGAUCCUCUAAUCAUCACUCAAGCUUCAUUGCUAAGUCAGCUGCCAGUGGAUUUGUCAUCUGUGGAUCGUUUGAAUUUCCUGGUGAUCAGUUGUUUGGGGAGAUCUCAAAAAACCUCUUCUCUUGAGCUCAAGUUACUGGUGGCAGGGUUCCUAGAUGUACAGGUUUUCCUGUGUAGUCAGUUUUACAAUCUGAGGGCGUACAGCCUGUUGGGUAUUAUCAAUGAAUUUCAAUUCUCCAUCUGCAAUUUCUGUUCCCCGUCUAUGAAGGAUAGGUUUAAAUUGAUUAGGUUAUUGUUAUUGUGUCUCACAAAACAUGGAUUUGAAUUUGUUUCCUUUUCUCAACAGAUUAAAGCCAGGAAACCUUCUUGGAAGAUUGGUUCAUCCUUUUCUCUCAAGAGCAAGCCCGCAAAAAGCUUGCCCAAAGUCCAGAUUGAUGAUGAUAUGGAUUUGAUUGAUGAGGAUAGCCUCUUGACUGAGGAGGAUUUGAAGAAACCUCAGUUGCCACCUAUUGGUGAUUGUGAAGUUUCAAGUAUGAGGAAAGCCUGCAAAAAUUGCACUUGUGGAAGAGCUGAGGAAGAGGAGAAGGUGCAGAAGCUAGGACUGACUAGGGACCAGCUGAACAAUCCUCAAUCAGCAUGUGGCAGUUGUGGACUAGGUGAUGCUUUUCGAUGCGGCACAUGCCCUUACAGGGGUCUACCUCCAUUCAAACUUGGUGACAAGGUUACUCUUUCUGGGAACUUUCUUGCAGCGGACAUUUAAGAGAUUGAAACUGGAUGUGUCCCUCGUGCGUUGGGCCUUCAGACGCUAUAUGAUUGUCAGCGUCUAUGAGCGAGUGUCUUCUUCAACAUGUGUUUGAUUUAGUCUAGUCAUCUUUUUCUGCUUCUGACUCAAAACUUCUAAAAUGAUAAACGAGUAAAAAUGCUCAGUUUAUAAUCAACAAAAUUUUGAUUUCAAUGGAGAAGGGAAUAAUUGAUUUUGGUUUGUUGUGUA